UCAACGGAAUCACGACACUGACGUGAAUAGGGAAACAUACAUAUAGUUAUGUUUAUACUUAUUGUGUUUCAUGAAAGUUUUCUAAAAAAAAAAGAAAAGAAAAGAAAAGAAAGAAAACGCGCGCGUGUUUGUGUGUGUGGUGGUAUUUAACGUAAGGCGUUGUUCAUUCAAAGCAAGCCGCUAUUUCACCCUGCUGUAAAGCAGUGUGCCGUAUUUAAGUUGCUGUUAAGAGGAGCAGUGCGGAAGGAUGUGGAUAUUUAAAUUAAAUAUGUUUGCUUUUUUAUUACUUUUUGUGGGACAGUAUAACACAUUUGCUCUACAGGAUGUAACGGCAGACCUUUUUGGCACCGCAAAUUAUGGGACGGUGGCAGCGUUUGGAGAUUUUAACUCGGAUAAACAAACCGACAUCUUCGUUAUCAGAGAGGAGUCUCAACUCGUGAUAUACUUUGCUGAUUCAAAUUCACCUUACUUCAAGCCCACUGUUCAUAUUGCCAAGGAUGCUUUGCCACGAGACACCACCAUCACCAGUGUGGUUCCUGGAGACUAUGAUGGAGACUCACAGAUGGAUGUCCUUCUUACUGCUCAGAUCAGCUCCCAGUCUAACACAACAAUUUUCAUCUUUUGGGGUUUCAACCACACAUUAGAUAUAGGUGGAAGUCUCAGGCUGAACAAGACCUUUACAGAUCAACCUCUCGUUAUGGAUUUCAAUGGAGACAUGAUCCCAGAUGUUUUCGGAGUCACCAACUCCCCUUUUACUGAAGUCUGCUAUCUCACUGAGAGGAAUCAAGUGUGGCAGAAGGCACUAACCUCACCCAUUGACAUGCGCAACCCUCACUCUAAUGCUUUUGUUGACCUCAGCAAGGACUUCACCGCUGAUCUUUUCCUGACGGUGAACAACAAUAAAUUUGAGACCUGGAUCAACAAGAAUGGAAACUUCACCAAAACAGAAGUCAUGCCAGCACCUCCAGCCAAGAUUAUUGGGCAGUCCUCCUUUGUCGACUUUGAUGGCGAUGGCUACCAGGACCACCUCCUCCCUGCAUGUUUGGAUGAUACGUGUCAACACAGUGCUAUCUACCUAUUCAAGUCGGGCUCAAUAGAGUGGAUACCAAUCCUGUCAGAUUUCCGGCAGAGGGAUACAGUUUGGAGCUUUGUGCCAGGCAAACCAAGCCAACCCUUGGUCUUGCACCUCGGGGACUACAACCUGGAUGGCUUCCCUGAUGCCCUGGCUGUCCUCCGCAACAACAGUGGAGGCAGUCAGCAGGCCUUCCUGUUGGAGAAUGUGCCCUGUAACAACAACAGCUGCCAUGGUAUUGGACGAAUGUUCCACAUCCACUGGGACCUAUUAGACUUGGGAGUUAUCCAACAUGCCGUCAUGGCAACUUUCUUUGACAUCUAUGAGGACGGUAUAUUAGACAUGUUGGUUCUGAGCCAGGCAGAGGGCAAAAAAGACCUGGUCAUUCAUGCUUUGAAGAACAAUUUUGAAGCAGAUGCCUACUUUGUUAAAGUGAUGGUGCUCAGCGGCCUCUGCUUCAAGGACUGUCCAGACGAUGUCAAGCCUUUCGGUGUUAACCAGCCAGGCCCUUAUGUCAUGUACACCACAGUGGAUUUCAACGGCCACCUAAAAAACGCCUCUGCUGGUCAGUUGAGUCAGUCGGCUCAUUUUUCCCUCCAGUUGCCUUACACUGUACUGGGCCUGGGACGCAGUGCUAACUUCCUGGACCACCUUUUUGUCGGUAUCCCCAGGCCAGUUGGAGAGACGGACAUAAGGAAACAGGAGUGGACAGCUAUUAUUCCCAACUCUCAGCUCAUUGUCAUUCCGUACCCACACAAUAAACCUUCAAGUUGGAGUGCUAAGUUGUACCUUACUCCUAGCGACAGUGUGCUGCUGACGGCCAUCGCACUGAUUGGAGUGUGUGUCUUCAUCCUUGUCAUUAUUGGCAUCCUGCACUGGCAAGAGAAGAAAGCCGAUGACCGAGAGAAGAGGCAGGAAGCCCACCGUUUCCAUUUUGAUGCAAUGUGAAGGAAGAGACCUGCAUCUUGGGGCAACAUCCUCUCCUGUCCUACUCUGCCUGCCACUCACCCAACCAUCGUUUCCUCUUCAAACUGUUUCACUAAGACUCAUUAGACAAAGUAAUUAUCUAUUGUUUUUUUGUUUGUUUGUUUUUUUAUUAUUCCAAAGUUAGAAGUACAGGGGCUUCAGUCACAGAGAAAAUUGUAAUAAAAAGCACUCUGUAGUUCAAAACAGUUUAAAGGAGUAUUUGUGUAGCUACUGUAAUUAGUAGCAUGGCUAUCAGUUGUAUUAUGAUAUUUUGACAAAGAGUCCAAUAUUGCAAGUCAUUUGUUUUAUCUGUUUACUGGAAACACCUUUUACAUCAAAUGUUGACAUGUGAAAUGUUUUUUUUUUUAAAUUCCCACAUGUUACCCCUCUGUGCCGGUGAUUUACCUUUGGCAUUUUCAGUGAAACUGAACUGAAUUGUGUGAUAUUGAUGCCUGCCUUGCAACUGUAGCCAAAAAAACAGAAACAGGCACAUACAGUAUAAAGAUGCUGUACAACAUGUUUUUUGCUUCCAGUCUCUCUGCUGAGUGCAAAUUUGUUUAUUUCUCACUUGACUGUAUCAUAGUGCAUCAUGGGAGUGCCAAGAAUCCUGCAUCCUGCAUCCUGCAAAUCUCUAAAACUCAAAUACUGCUCCACUAAGGUCUGAUAGAUUGUCUAAAACCUGGAUGUCCUGCUGAAUAACACUGUACAUUGCACUGUAGCAUGGUUCCAGAUGCACUCUCAACCGUCUUUUAAAACAUAACGUAAACAGGUUCUCUCUUGUGUUCAGAUGUUUUGCAAGAAUAAGCUCAUGCCUUUCCAUGUGAUUUGCACUUAGUUAAAACUGAUGACUUACUGGGUGUAUGUCAUUUAUUUUGUUUGCAGGAUUUGGCUUGUGAGUGAAUGUUCAAGCUACUAAAUGUGUUUAUUUUGUGAGGUUCAGAAUAAAGGCGUUUUCUGUUUAAAAUAA